GAUGCUUAACUCCUUAAGCGCUAAGGAAUCCCUCCUUCUCAGCCCUUCUCUCCCUUCCUUGCUCGGGGCUCCAGGACUUCCACCCCCCAGGCCCUGACCCUCCCUAGCAGUCUCUCCUGGUCCCAUUACCCCUGUGCCUCUCUCGCUGGACCUCUGGUCCCUCUGGCGUCCUGCAGUGGAGGGUUAAGGGGGCGGGGCCGCUGCAUUUUUGGGGAGUGAGCGCAUCCUAGCGGUUGCCAAGAGGGGCGCCGGACAGGAGCCUCCCGAAGCCCCCAGAGCAAGGGCAACAGGUAUUUGGGAGACCAAGGUCCGGGUCCUGUGCGUAGGACUUUCUCUAAAGCAGCGGACUAUCGCAGGUGAACACGAGAAAACGAAGCAAACAGCCCUGCGCCAGAGGAGGCUUCCGUGUGGAUGGGAUGGGGACACCGGGGGAGGGGCUGGGCCGCUGCUCCCAUGCCCUGAUUCGAGGGGUCCCGGAGAGCCUAGGGUCGGGGGAGGGUUCAGGGGCUGGUCUCCCAGCGCUGGACCUGGCCAAAGCUCAGAGGGAGCACGGCGUGCUGGGAGGUAAACUGAGGCAGCGACUGGGUCUGCAGCUGCUAGAACUGCCCCCUGAGGAGUCGCUGCCGCUAGGCCCGCUGCUGGGUGACACGGCCGUGAUCCAAGGGGACACAGCCUUAAUCACGCGACCCUGGAGCCCGGCCCGCCGGCCCGAGGUGGAUGGAGUCCGCAAAGCCCUUCAGGACCUGGGUCUCCGCAUUGUGGAGAUGGGGGAUGAGAACGCGACGCUGGAUGGCACCGACGUGCUCUUCACAGGCCGCGAGUUUUUCGUAGGCCUAUCCAAAUGGACCAAUCACCGAGGAGCUGAGAUCGUGGCAGACACGUUCCAGGACUUCGCUGUCUCCACUGUGCCAGUCUCCGGUCCCUCCCACCUGCGCAGCCUCUGUGGAAUGGGCGGGCCGCGAACUGUAGUGGCCGGCAGCAGCGAAGCUGCCCAAAAGGCUGUCAGGGCCAUGGCCGUACUGACCAAUCACCCCUACACCUCCCUGACCCUCCCAGACGACGCUGCCGCGGAUUGUCUCUUUCUUCGCCCUGGGUUGCCGGGGGCAUCUCCAUUCCUCUUGCACCGCGGAGGUGGGGACCUGCCCACCAGCCAAGAGGCGCUGCAGAAGCUCACUGAUGUCACCCUGGUACCCGUGUCCUGCUCAGAACUGGAGAAGGUGGGCGCUGGGCUCAGCUCCCUCUGCCUGGUGCUCAGCACACGCCCCCACAGCUGAGGCCAGUCCGAGGCCCUGGCUGGCUGGCUGGGGGUAGGGGAGCGGAGGGAAUAGAAGGAGAGGAAGGUUAGAUAGCCGAGAUGGUGAGUAGGUAGUAGUGGGGGGAGGGCAUAGUGUGAGAACAAAGACUGGGGCCACUGGGUGAGUCCUCGCCCCCAAAACCAAUAAACUAGAACUGACCUUUUA